AUGGGGAGGCUUGCAGCUGCUAUAUGUUUGCUGCUUGCCCUAUUAUUUGUGUGUAAAGCUAGUGAAAUUGACGAAGUGGUUGACCAUUACGGAAAGAAAUAUCUAAGAAUUAAGCGAGAUGCGUCCGAAUCAGCUUCGUCACAUCGAAAUUACAGGAGCAGAAGAGCCACUGCGUCUAGGGGCUUUACGUCGAAUGGCGACAAGUCCCCAACUUCGUUUAUUUAUCCGUUGAAUGACACCCAUAACUCGCUCUUACUGCAUUGGGCUGGCGAGGGAUCUCCGGUUAUUUAUUGCCUGGCGACUGAUGCGUCACCGAAGGAUACUUCAACAUCUGCGAUUUAUAUUUCAUACGAGUACGGCAAAAGUUUCGCGAAUAAGACCGACUCUUUCGUAAUCCCUCAACCGGAUGGGACUUCCAAGCCCAGCUUGAUUACUGCGUACUACGUUCAUCCGGUUUUCAGCAGUGUUUCGGUGUUCACGGAUCUUCGUGACAAGGUGUUGUUCGUUACGAAGGAUCACGGUGAAACUUUAUUCAUGCGAAACGUGAACUUCACUGCGACAACAAUUGUUUUUGACAAAUAUCGGCCUGAAGUUCUAAUUGCUCAUGAUCGAACAACCAAUCCGAAAACGUUGUGGCUUAGUCAGGACUACGGAGAAACAUUCGAUCUUGCCAAGGAUUAUGUCUCGAACAUCUACGUAGAUUUUGUCGACAACCCCAUCACGAUCUAUUUCGUGAGAGAAGAGCCCUCCGGGCUGCAUGCCGUAUUGGCUACGACGGAUUAUUUCGAAAACUUCCACGUUGUAGCGCGAAGAGUGAAGGAUUUUUCCAUCAAGGGUGAUAUGCUCCUUGCUACCCGUGUGGAGCAUAAGCAAAAAGUCGAAGAAGCGGAUGGCGAAAAGGAAAUUGAAAUACUGUCUCUAUGGCUGGCUCGGAAAGAUCCACGAGCAAACGGGCAAUUCGGACCCCUGCAGAAAGCAAAAUUUCCUCCGGAACUACAGAAUCCUGAACACCUACUUGUGGCGGAUGUAUCUCAAGGACAAGCGCUUGUUGUUGGGAUGCAAGAUGGACGAGGGGAUCUGUACGUGUCGAAAGUGGUUGGUGCCCCCGCUGGAGAUGGUCCUGUUCCCAGUGAAGUGGAAUUUUCGCUUUCAUUGGCGAAUAUAAUGUUGACGUCCGACAAGAGUGAAUAUGAUAGCGAUUCCGAUUCGACGCCGUCGUGGAGGAACAAAAAUGUCAUGGAUUUACACAAGGUGAACGGUCUGGAAGGGGUUUAUAUUGCAAACAGGAUAAAACCCGGAAUACGAUCUCGGAACGUGACUUCAAGGUUCCCGCAGAAUUUCUCAAAAUACAUGAAUCUUCUGCCUUUCAAAAUCGCCGAUAUCCAAACGGUCAUCACUCAUGAUAAAGGCGGCGAAUGGACUCCUUUGAUCGCUCCAAAAUUUGAUGCCGACGGACUUCCACUUCAUUGCAGUCUGGAGCAAAACUGUUCGCUGCAUGUUGGCCAGCCCAGAAGCUACAUUCUGUCAACAUAUCUCUUAUCGAGAGAGUCAGCCGUUGGAUUAGUCAUGGGAACUGGAGUUCUUGGUGAUUCAAUGAAAGGUGGUUUCAGAGAUCCGUCGAGUUUUGCUUGGACAAACGCGUUGAACCAGAUGUCGAAGCUGUCUACGUAUUUGUCUGCCGACGGAGGUGUUUCAUGGCACCAAGUUUUGAAAGGAUCGUAUUUGUACAAUAUCGGUGACCACGGAUCAGUGAUUGUAGCAGUUGAGUCGCAUCGAUCGGGGGAAACCGACAAACUGUACUAUUCCUUGGACGAAGGUGCGACCUGGGAAGCUUACUAUUUCUACGAAACUCCUGUCAACGUGUACCAGCUGUUGAUUGAACCGGGCGAGAACACCACGAUUUUCACGAUGUAUGCGUCUUUGAGAAAUGCCCAUGAAUGGCUGAUGAUCGGUGUCGACUUCCAAACUGUGUUCGAGAAAAAUUGCACUGAAGCGGACUACAGGGAAUGGUCUCCUUACGAUUUGCGGAAAUCCGGUCGAGGAUGUCUCAUGGGACAAAAAACAGUGUAUCAACGUCGUAUACCGCGCACCAAAUGCUACAACGGAUUAUCGUACACGAGACCGAAUCGCACCGAAGUUUGCUUGUGUGAGAGAUCUGACCAUGAAUGCGACUUCGGAUUUCGAGUUGCGCCCGGAGGGUCACAAGGAUUACAAGAUUCUCUGUGGUCAGCCCCGUGUCUGGAGGACAUCUCGGAUCCCGCGAACCGUGUGAAUGUGUACAAGAUACCAGACAACUGUCCGCCUGGCUCAUUUUACAACAGAACCCGUGGAUACCGAAAGAUCCCUGGUGACGUUUGCGAAGGUGGCAUGGGUCGAUUGUACGAGCCUGAAAGAGUUCCCUGUCCUGUGGGCGAUGAGAAGGAGUUUAUCCUUCUCGCCCGGAGAUACAACAUUUCUCGGCUCAACAUCGAUUUCAUCCCCGAUAUGGUGAUGAACUAUACUCAAGAUAACGUGACCUAUGAGUUGAACUCGGCGUGGGAAACCCUGCCGGUGGAAGGGUUGAGGAACGUGAUAGGGAUUGAGUUCGACCAUCGGAACAACUGCGUGUACUGGGGAGACAUAAACACGGAUCACGUUAUGAAUUGUCUUCUCAACGAUACGAGGAAGCAGCUAUGCUUUUCCGUGCUUCUACUAUUUCUGAAUAAUUUUAAACGAAAAGACGGAUUGAAACCGGAACUCCGGAGGAUUGACGUGAACCAUGCCGGACGAAUGCGUAGAACCAUUCUCGACCAGAGAGUUGUGAAGAAGCCUCGAGGAAUCGCACUGCAUCCAGCUGCAGGGUACAUGUUUUGGUCUGACUGGUCGGACACGAAGCCAGCGGUUUCUCGUGCAGAUUUGGACGGUGAAAACCGAAUAAUAUUGUUCGACUCGAAGGUCGUCGAGUGGCCCAACGGAAUUGCGGUCGAUUUGGUGCAAAAUCGUAUUUUCUUCGUCGAUGCUCGUAGAGAAUUUUUGGCUUCCGCGAACCUUGAUGGGAGUCAUUACCGCGUUAUAAUCGAAGGAAACGCGAAAAUACCACAUCCUUUCGGAGUUGGCAUUUUCAAAGAAAUGGUGAUCUGGGAUGACUGGCGCCUCGGUGCAGUGUGCAUGGCGAACAAAAACACGGGUAACGGAGUCGUCCGUCUCACGGAUCCCGGCGGCAUCGUCAUGGAUCUGAAGGUUGUCGCCGCUGCGCAAACUCGGCAAGCAGACAAGAACGGAUGUUCGAACGCCACGUGUCCUUUUCUAUGCGUGGGUAAACCGGAUGGCGGACAUGCAUGUCUCUGCCCAGAUGGGAUGAAGGCGAUUCGAGGUUCGGGAACGAACGAAAGCGGAGAAACGUGCGUGUGUCCCGCUGGUCAGGCGCCGUUGGCGAAUGGCACAUGUCCGUCCAUCAACUCCACGUGUUCCACGGGGUAUUUCCCGUGUGGGAAUGGGCUUUGUAUCCCGGUCACGUGGCAGUGCGACGGCGACAAUGACUGCGGAGAUGGAUCCGACGAGAAGGACUGUGGGAAGAUGAACUGCGAUGAAGGGCAAUUCACUUGCACCGAUGGCCAGUGUAUACCGCCUGGUUGGCAGUGUGACUUUGAUCGAGACUGUCGAGACGGUUCCGACGAGGAGAACUGCGGAGAUCGCGGUGAAUGUCAUCACGACGAGUUCAAAUGCGGCAACGGCAGGUGUCUCUCGAUGAAAUGGCGCUGCGAUAUGGAUGAUGAUUGUCGCGACGGAUCCGACGAAGAAAAUUGCACCAUUACGACGAUCGGACCUGACGGAGAGGAAAUUGGUGGCGGUGAAGGCGGAGGAUCUGGCGGCUCCAUUGGAGUUGCUGCUUGCUCACCCGGAGAGCUCAUGUGUGGUGACGGGAAAUGUUAUCCCAUCAUGUGGAAAUGCGACGGUGACAGCGAUUGCGUGGAUGGAAGUGACGAGAGCAACUGCACCAAUCACAAGUGCCAAACUUGGCAAUUUUCGUGUCGAGAAGAAGUGAAGUGCAUCUACACCAGUUGGGUGUGCGAUAAUGAAAAAGACUGCUUGAACGGCUCCGACGAAGCGGAAGAUGUAUGCGGGAAAAUGCUGAAUGGGACUAUCAUAGACCGGUUUCCGUUUGACGAAGACGAGACAGUCAUCGGCACUGGCCAGUCACCCGGAAAUCCAGACGUCACUUCUGCCUUCCCGCAGGGUAAGAAGUGUACGGAAUGGAUGUUCCAUUGCGACAACGGCAACUGCAUCCCGUUUUGGUGGAAAUGCGACAGCGUGGACGACUGUAACGAUAAUUCCGACGAGGCCAUGUGCGGUACUUUCCCGGACGCUGGCAAUGGAAACGAGACGAUCCCAGAACUGCGUCCCCCUGGAGAAGCUAAUCGUACCGCCACGACGUCAUCGUGCUCUGUAAUGCGGUUCCAAUGCUACUCGGGUCGUUGUAUUUGGGCAGCAUGGGUUUGCGAUGGAGAUCGGGAUUGCGAAGGCGGCGAGGAUGAAAGCAAGUGCGACUUCGGACCUGGCGAGGCCAAUAAUCACCCGAAUCACGGGGAAUGCUUGGGUCACCAGUUCAGCUGUGAAAUUUCGGGCGGCUGUAUUCCAUCGUCUCUUAUCUGUGACGGCCGGACAGACUGUCCUGAUGGAUCAGACGAGCUCGGGUGUAUUGACCACCAGUACCCGAGUCGAAAGAACAAGGAGCAUUGUGACCCCGUGAAGGAGUUUGUUUGCAAAUCGUCCAAUACCUGCAUACCGAGAUUAAGCGUCUGCGAUGGGAAUUACGACUGCCUGGAUGAAUCGGAUGAGCAAAAAUGCGACGAGGGCCCACGAGUGAAUACCGUUGAUAUCGAUUCCAAACGCGUUACGGAGUCAAGUGUUGCGAUAUUCUGGCAUGCUGGAAACCUGGAUGAAAAAAGCAAUGGAUCGGCUCGUGUCGAAUUCUUGCCUGCUGUUCGUGUCAUGGGGCUGAGCAAGUGGAUCAACGCAUCUGAAUGGAAAAAUGCACGUACCAAUGAAUAUAAAUUUGAGAAGCUCCAGCCCUACACGAAUUACGAGUUCACCGUUUUCUCGCGAGAAACCCUGAUUGAUGCGAAUGGGGCAUCUGGCGAUUCUUCGGUCAUUUAUGGUGCUCCAGCCCCGAUCGCCGUUGGGCAAACUAAAACCGGAGAACCCGAACGUCCAGAAAACUUGCGUGUGCAGCAAGUGAGCCGCCGACAAGUGUAUCUCACCUGGGACGAGCCUCGAAAAUGGAAUGGCAACUCUAAAAUAUAUCACAUUUAUAUGUCAGUUCCGGCCCAAAAACCGAUGAAAUUCGAUGUGAUAUCACGAAGAUCGUAUUCCAUGUCUUACGAUUUCAUGGAGAACGUCAAGUAUAAAUUCUGGGUGAUCGCGGACAAUGGCGAGAAAGUCGGCGGUCGAUCUGCGAUUGAGACUUUGGACUACUCUUCCGGAAUUUCCCACGAAAUGGUUGAAAGCGUGAAAGUGGUGUCGAGGAGUGAAACCUCUUUGACGUUCGAGUGGAAGGAACUGAAUGGGGAUGGCAAGAAGAGCUACACUGUCCAGUGUUACUCCGAGAAUCCUUACGAACCGAAACACGUUGUGAACACAACACUUCCGACUGCUGUUGUUGGAGGGCUUGCUCCUGCCACAAACUACACGUGCCACGUGAUGGCUCGAAUCCCUGUGACUGGAGACCUUUUCACACCGCGAACGAAGGUCAUGGAUUAUACCACAGGCGACAAACUGUUGCCGAUCAGGAAUCUUCGCGUGAAUUGGAAAAUUAAGGGAACGACGAUGAAACUCACUUGGGAGCCUCCGAAAGAUCGCAGGAAAAUCAAGUGGAAAUACGCGAUUUUCUUCGGGGCCAGCGAGCGUGAGCUAUUUGCUGAAGGAGUGCGCCACGUUACCACCGGUACUUCGUACACAGUACUGAAAGAGCUCAACGCAUGCGAGAAGUACUUGUUCUCUGUCGUGGUCAUUGAACCCUUGGGCACAGGCCCCGGGCCGUACUCACUCCGUAAAGGCGGACUGGUUGGCACGCUGAACGGUGGAGCAUUUGUCCAAGCCUAUACCCUCAUGGACUCUCUUGCUCCGCCGAAACAUCUCCGGGUGGACUACUAUCCCACCAACGAGUCGAUGGUCGUCAUCUCGUGGAAUGCGAGUUGCCCGGAAUAUCCAUCCAACGAAUCUUACUUGGUGACUGCUUACGAAGAGACAACAAAUCACACGUGGAUGUUCCAGACUCCCGUCACUGACAAGGGAUUCAUGGAAGAGCACUACAUGAUUCAUCCUGGUGGGAAAUAUAGGAUUAAUGUGCGCGUGAAUGUGGAAGGCUCGCACCCGACAUCGUGGAUCCGUUUUGAUGCUCCGUCUUUGCCUCCACCGCAUCAGUUGAAGGUGUUCCCGAUGAAAAAUGACAAGAUUUUCAACUUAUCGUGGCAGACGACUGCAAUGCCGAAGGAUGUCAAUAUCGAUGACCUCAUUUUCGUCGUUUGGGUUUCCACGGACCCAACCUGGGAGAAUGCGAAGAAGUUCGAAGUGAAAGAUGAAAAUCAUUUUGUUCUGACGGAGUUGGAACCCGGAAAGCGAUACAGAGCCGCUGUCACACUUCGAGACGUUGAUGGCUUUCAUUCCAAGUUUUCGGAAAUCGUUGCACUCGAACCUCUUGCGUUGCCUGGAGACGAAACUGGAUCUAAACAAGUGACCAUGUCGUACAUUGGAGGCAGGAGCACCGUUGGAAUAAUCGUCGCUUUAUUGAUCGUUUUGAUCGGAUUGUCUGGUGCGCUGGUUUAUUACGUGAUGAGAAAUCCGAGGUUCCGGAGAACAUUCCCACCGUUUUCAAACCCUCAUUACGACUCGCGGUCUGGGGCUGCCACCAUCGCAACCUCAGAUGGAUUAGAUGAAGACGACACACCGAUAAUUCGUGGGUUCUCGGACGACGAGCCCCUCGUUUUAUCUUAAAAUAGCGUCGUUGGCGCUGAUCACGUAUCAUCUGAAGUUUCGUCAGACGGCUUCAAAGGACCCCUUUUUCAUUCCUCACAUGCCCGCGUACGUGCGGCAACUGAUGCAUGAGUGGAACAAGUGAACCAUUGCGGUUUCAGGUGAUGUAUUUUUUGUUUUAUGAAAGCACCUCUGCUUCAGUCCUGGUUUCCGUGAAGAGGUCAAGUGCAAUUCCGGCAUUGCCCAAGAACGCAUUCGUGCAAGAGGGCAUUGUGUUCGACAGAUGAGGUCAUUCAUGUGGGAGGGAAAUGGGGGUGCGAAGUGUGAGAUCAUUCGAAAGGUUAAUUCUUUUUUGUACCCUUGAAGUUGCCCCAUUUGAAGCCAAAUGCAAGAGAUUCGCGUCUCUCGAUUGAAAAAUUCGGCGCGAAUCUUUUGACGUUGUCGAAUUCUUGCGGAGGGUUAGCUCAAUUGAAAGAAGGAAAGAGAAUUUUCUGGCUAUUCCAGUUUUAUUUUUGCCUGGCAAAUAAUUCGUAAUCAUUUUUGCGUAUUUGUGAUAUUGCUGACUUCGCGAUGUCACCUCUGCAUUCGAAGACUUUUUCUCAUCCACGAAAUACGGCGCUUUUUAAGGAGAAGAGAAAAAGGUCUUUGCUUUUCGUGUUCUCGAAGCGUUGUUUUCUUCGUGUUUUGAUUUGGAUGGUAUGACGUAACGUUGUUAUUGUUUUUGAAGAAUUGAAACGUACAUUAGUUCCUAGUCUGAAAGCUUAGCUCUUGGGGAAAUUCUAGAGAGAUGAGUUUGCAUUGAAAGAUUCUUUUCAUCAUCAGAAUUGAGGUUUGUGAAUCUAGCGGUGAUCAUGAAAUAGAACGAUUAAAAUUGUAGAACCAAUCAAAACUGAAAAUUCCCGAUAUACUGGGUUACUUGCGUGCUUUAUGUGGGCUCCAUGAAAAUCUCGAACUUUAAAAUUUUAUUGAAGGGCAUAUUUGUUGCAGGCUCUUUGAUUUGUUGCCUCGUGUUCUCUAGCGAUUUUUUUUAUUAGAUAUUUUAUGUUGAACCGUACUGUUUUGAGCGUGAAAGAAUGGUUCACUAUGUGCUGACAUCUUUUAAUCCUUCGCUUAUUUGAAGCAUUUGUGGGGAAAUAAAGGUGUGUGGAAUAA